CUAACUUCUCCAACGAGCAGCUGAUCCGCUUUUAUAAUUAUGUUGAAUUUCGAAUACUUCUAGAUUUAAACUCAUUUACUCAAAAAUCAAGAUAAUAUGUUAUCAGAAUUUCUAUCUGCAUAUUAAUGUUGGUUAAUGUCUAUCUCUCCUGACCUUGACACUUUCUCUAUCAAAUGAUAGAAAUAAUGAUAGAUUCGAGCAUUUUUGUCUGACUAAAUUCACUUCGGAAGCUUAGAAUCAAUCACCUGUAAAAAUUACUCUAAAUAUUUGAAAUGCAUUUCUUUGGUGAUUGCUAUAAAAGAAAAUAUUUUUGAUGCAGCAUAAGCAGUAACCAUUCAGCUUUGUUAAACAUGAUCUCCAAGUUCAUUUUGGUUCUUGUCUUCAGCGUCAUCUCUAUGACGUUGGGUCAUGGUCAUUUCCCAGUAGAAGAGCACCACGCAUCCAAGCCUUACAAAUUUGGAUACAGCAUUAAAGACAAGCAUGGUGAACAACACAGGGAAGAAUCGGGAACAGGAGGGCACGUGACUGGUAGCUACGGAUUCACCGAUGCUCGAGGUGUUAAAAGACAAGUGAACUACGUUGCCGACAAAGCUGGAUUCAGAGCCCAAGUCAAGACUAACGAACCCGGAACCGCAAACCAAAACCCAGCCGCAGUACUCCUCGUCUCCGAUGCUCCUUACACCGGUGGUGAAGGAUAUUUGGGUGUACCUGCAGCUGCUGCUGGAUAUGGAGGUUUAGGAUAUGGUGGUGGAUAUGGAGGAGCUUAUGGAGGUCUUAGUUAUGGUGGAGCUUAUGGAGGUCUUGGUUAUGGUGGAGCUUAUGGAGGAUAUGGAGGACUCGGUUUAGGUAUUUUAGGUGGUUUGGGAUAUGCUAGAUAUGGAUAUUAACUAAAUUUAUUUUUAUGUUUGUAACAUAAUUUAUUUUUAUGUUUGUAACAUAACUUAUUUUUAUGUUUGUAACAUAAUUUAUUUUUAUGUUUGUAACAUAAUUUAUUUUUAUGUUUGUAACAUAAUUUCUUUUUAUGUUUGUAACUAUUUUGUUCCACUACUAUAUAACAAAUUAUGCAUCUUCUGAAAAAUUUAGUUUUUACUGUCUUGCAUUAUCAUAUGUUUGUGAUUUUUCUCUAGUUCUAAAGCCAUUUUUAGAGCUUCCUGCCUUCUUCACUUUCGCCUCCUUUUUUAAAUAUUGCGUUAUUUCACUUUUAUUUAUGUGCUUUAAACCUUUGCUUGCUUUACUUAUUUGGGUAUUGUAUUUUCCUUUCAAAAUUUGCUUCUAUUGCAUUCAUUUCUAAUUCGAUGGAAUUAAAUUACUUAAGAUUACCCUUGUUUUUCUAUUUAUUUUUGUUGUGUUCAUUUAUUAUGUUAUUUUGCAUGUAUUUACUCUUUGAAUGUUCUUUUUUUUUUCUCUUUAAAUUCUUAAAAUGCUUUUUUUUUCUUCCAUUUAUUUAUUUUUUUAUAUCUUCGAUAUUUAAUACUAUUUUAUGCGCAAUUUUAUUUCCUACCUUCAUUUUUGCGAUUCAUAUUUUUGGUGAUAUCUGGUUUCCUUAUUCUUUAGUUUAUUCUUCAAUAAAGAGUUUCCUUUUUUUGCAUGCAGUAUUUAUAUCUUUUACUUGUCUUAAGCUUUAGUCUCUCUGCUCUUUUAUGCAUGCCCAAGAUUUUUUCCUAUUUUUAACCAUAUUUUUAGGUUUUCUAGUAUUUUUCAAUAUUUUAUUUCUUUGCAUGUAUUUGUGGAAUAUUAUAGCUAUUUCCUAUUUUUUUUCCUCACAUCAUUUCAAUUUUUCUUUGCAAACAAACUCAUUACAAUUUAUAAAAUUUUCUCCUGUUAUCUCUCUAUGCAAGAUAGUAAAUCCGUUGUCAUGCUUUUGUGUUGAAUUACUUUGUUAUUCUCAGCUAUGAAUUUCAUUUGCUUCAAAUUUAGUUUUAUAUAUCUUUAAAUCUGUAGCAGCUUAGUUGCCUUCCUUGUAUUUAAAUUCACAAUGCUUUAAAUAUUUCCCAUUUUAUGUAACUUAUGUGCAAUAUGUCUAUAAAUGUUUGCAAAUUUGAAUAAAAAGUAACCAAGCAAUAGAAAAAUUUA